CACUGUGUUGUCCCCACAGGGUACCUCCAGCACUGCCUGGCGCCAGCCGGCUACGACACUGACAAGAAGCAAGGCUUGCCACCACCGCCACCAGACCCAGCCUACGCACCCGGUCACGAGGAGUACAGCGAUCCUGAGAGCCCCCAGUCCAGCUUUUCCGCCCGCUACUUCAAUGGGGAGGCGGCAGUGACAGACAGCUACUCCAUGGAUGCCUUCUUCAUCACGGACGGGCGGUCGCGCCGGCGCAGCGAGAGCCAGCGCCGUGGCAGCCACCGCCACUCCUGCCCCGAGUGCGGCAAGACCUACGCCACCUCCUCCAACCUCAGCCGGCACAAGCAGACCCACCGCAGCCUGGACAGCAAGAUGGCGAGGAAAUGCCCCACCUGCGGGAAGGCGUACGUCUCCAUGCCCGCCCUGGCCAUGCACGUCCUCACCCACAACCUCAAGCACAAGUGCGACGUGUGUGGCAAAGCCUUCAGCCGGCCCUGGCUGCUGCAGGGCCACAUGAGGUCCCACACCGGGGAGAAGCCGUUCGGCUGCUCCCACUGCGGGAAAGCCUUCGCCGACCGCUCCAACCUGCGCGCCCACAUGCAGACCCACUCCGCCUUCAAGCACUACAAGUGCAAGCAGUGCGAGAAGACCUUCGCUCUCAAGUCGUACCUCAACAAGCACUACGAGUCCGCCUGCUUCAAGGGCUCCGAACACAGCUGUGCAAUAGGGAACUAGCCCCCCAACCCCUGUGGCACAUCCCCAUUCCCAACCUUACCCUUCUAUCCAAUCCCCGUCCCUGUCCCUAGCUCAUCCCACGCCCAUCCCUGUUCCUCUAUACAUCCCAUCCCUUCCCCAUUCCCAUUCCUAUCCCAUCCUGGUCCCAGUCCCUGUGCCAGCACUCCUGCAGCUGCAGCCAGCUGGUUUGUUGCUGUGCUGAGGCUGGAGGACAUAUCCCCACAGACUCACUCCCCAUUUGCUCCCUGGGAAGGGGGUCCCCCACUGUGGGACCCAGCUCCUUUUCCCUGGGUCCCAGAGCCCCCCCGCAGCCAGGCAGGUCUCUCUGCGGGGGACUCACCCGGGGACCUCUUCCAGACCCAGGAGAGAUUUUCCUCCCCUAGCUUGUGACUUUCACCUCUAUUUAUUUAAUUUAUUACUAUUAUUUAUUUAGAGCUGCUGCUUCUCUUCCCAGGGGAUCCUGGGAGAGAAAAGACACUUUUCUGCUCCCCACUAGGAGCAAACCCUCCCCUUGACCCUAAUCUUGAUGAGACCACGGGCUGGUGUUACUGCCGGCUCGGCAGGACUGAUGGCCACUGAGGCUGACAGAGGGCAGGGCUGCCAGUCACCCUUGGAGCCUGGGAUCCCUGCAGCCCACCACACAGGGCACCCUGCUGCCCCUCUGCCCCGUGGCACAGUGUUCACCCUGUCACUGCAGAUCCACAGCCCUGGAGUCAGGGGAAGAGCCAAGGGAAGAGCCAAGGAAAGAGCCAGGGGCUUCCAGCAGAGAUCCACAGGACACGUCCUCUGUUGGCUCCCAGCUCCCUGCUUGGCCAGGCACAACUGGCCCCUGCCACAGUGAUGGGGAAUAGCCCCCCCCCCAGGCA